UGGAUAUACAUAAAAAUAUGUUUUGUUAUUUGUUAAUGCCUGGGAUGGCCAUUAGUGGGCUCUACGGUGCGUUGCGCCGUCAUCAAUCAACAAUAAAUAACAUUUCGAUGAAAUGAAAUUUCUGAAAAUUCUCACGAUCUCGCCUCUUUCCCUGUUUCUCCAGCAAUCCCUCGACCCGCGCAGGUCGCUGCCGCUUUUCAAACCGCAAGGGUCAUUGUCGCGUAUGCGGAGUUAUUCUCUCUCUUGAUCUGAGUUGCGAGUUGCAUCGGUGAGACUCUUGUAUCCAUUAGACUGCUAGGCCUGAGGGUCGAGUUUGUUAAGCUGGGCCGCGCUUCGUGGUCUUAUUGCUCGUCAAACAAAAACAGUUGCUGGUAUUUUCUUUCAAUUAGCAAGUUUUGUUGCUUCUAAAACAAAGCUAUUGAUGGAACUUGGAAGAGUGUUGCUUUUCGUGGUGGGUCGUUGGUGUAAUUUUCCUGACUUUAAUUUGAUUAAAAGUCCCUAAUUUACAGAUAUGAGUCUCUUAACAGUGAUGAACUGCCUUCUGCCUUUAAAAAAUGCAUGGUUUCUCCACUGUUGAUGGCUUUGUGGAGAUAACUGAAUGCUUAGCUGAGAUGAUCAAAUAUGUGGCAAAUGAACCCUCUGUAGGGUUGUUCUACGUUCAGCAGCACACUCAAAAUGCAGUGCCGAACCUGAUUACUCUUAGGAAAAAUGUCAUGGAUAAGUCUCGUGAAACAACUUUGCAUACUGAAGAUUCAGAGGAUUCUUUAACCAUGUUGAGGUCAAUGAAAGAAUGUGGAUUCCCUAUUGCUGAUGAGAUGAUAAGGGACAUAAAGAAAUCUCUGCUUGUCAUGUCGAAGAAACAGCCAAGAAAAGGGUUAAUACAUGACUCUGUAUCCGCUUUUCAGAUUGGAAGAAAUUGGGAACCAGCAAGUUGGCGUCGUAGUGAAGAUUAUGGUCAGCAGGACAGUGAAAGCGAUAGUUAUUUUUCUUCUGUAUUCAAGUCUGCAAAGCAAAAGGCUAGCAAUUUCAAGUGGUCACAACUAAGUUCUAAAGAAUCAUUACAUGCCAAGGAUGAGAAGAUGAUGUCGUAUCCCAAUCCACCACAAUCAGUUGCAUCUGCUGCUAGCACUAGUUCAUCUCGCCAUGAUGUGGAGGCUGAUGAGCUGCCUUUGUCAGUUCCAUUUACAGAUGAGCCACAAGAAACAGAGAUUGGCAUAAGCUCUCCGCCUCGUAAUUUAUCUUCACUGUCGGAGAACUAUGAUGACUUCAAGGCUGACAAGGAAGCAAAAUUAGAGGAGUGGUUAGAAGAGACUGGCAAUCUAGAUCAUCACGAGGGAGCAAGUGAUGCAGAUGGAGUUAAGCCUUGACAAGAUGUUAAAGGCCUUGGCCUGUAAAUACUGAUGUUUGUAAUGUGAUUAUCUAUGGAUUGCAAUUAUAUAUGCAGAUGAUUUCUUGUAACACUGGUUUUUCAAAUUUAUUUGUAUUUCAAAAAGAAUAAAAAUUUGCAUUAGUUUGUCCA